UUAAUGAAGGGGGAAUUAGACACCAAAAACAGCCACUGACAGACAUCUGCAUCCACGGCACCCCAGCAGGAAAUGAUACGUUUUUUUUUUUUCGCUGUUUAUAUUUUAACCUAAGUGUUCGUGCAAGUCAGUUGGGAGAAAGACACGAUGGAAACCUGUCAGAGAACAAUGGACAUGCUGAUAUUCGUGAGAUUCACGUUAUGUAGUCCAGUAAUUGUUUCUCAGGAUCAGUUUCCAUAUAAACACACUGUAACCUCGGCUACAAAAACAUGUAGAAGUAAUUAAGCUUGCCACCGUUUUCACAUUUCACAUGGUAUACCGAAACAGCUCCUUUAAGGAGCCUUAGCAAACUUCCAACGGGACAGCACGGAUGACCAUUUUAUUAUGUUUUUAUUAACUUCCGUUAUUAAGUCUAGUUUUUAUUCAAUUCUAAAACGCUAAGAAAUAAUGAUAAAUAACAUCCAUUCAUUAAAAAAAGACGUAAACCGAAAUUAUGUUCGACACUAAAAAUUGCUUCGUAUUAAAUAACUUCAUUUAAUUUAUUGAUUUCACGUACAAUAUAUUUUUCAUCAAAUAAAUACGCGAGCGGCUUAUUCACGAAGUCUUUAAAAAAACAUCCAAUCGAGUCAAAACGUGCUCUUCUAUAGUAAAUACAAAAGCAGCGAUACUUAAGAAGAAAACAUACAAAACUAUUCAUGAAACAGCGAAAAUGUCAAUAAUUACUACAACCGUGUAUGGUUUGAUGAAAACGUGUGACAACAUGCCCCUACCUGAAAAUAUCAGACCGUUCAACCUUCAUACGUUAAUCGGUGAUAUCUAAUAUGCAAGUCUGGGUUUAUUUGCGCUCACUUGUUCACCCAGUAGACUGCACCAACAAAAACUAAAUAAAUAAAAACGACGAAGCUGGAACUUUAGUUUGGAGAACAGCAGACAUAAUAUUUUACUGCUAGCAAAAUGCUUCUAGAAUAAGUGCGUCACGUGGGGCGUUUAGACCUUACCUGUGUGAUACUUUUGUUGUUUUGAUUUUGGUUAAAGGCGCCUUCUUUAAAAGAAAAGCGCAUAAACAUUCAUAAAGUGGUUAACUAACACUAACCUUCAUCUGUCGCUCAACGGCACAUUUAUUUUACUAGAUGUUAAGGGAUUCUGUGCUUGUACGUUGCUAAUGCACCGCCGAGAGAAUUUUGGUUUUAAAUUUGUUGCAAAUAAGUUCAAAUAAAGUUCGGCCAUUCAAACUUUAAUGACGUCAGCGACACUUGAGUCUUUUCGCGGGAAGUUACUUUCGCUUCGCCUGCGUGACAACAGUGGGCAAGGCUUCUAAAAGCAGCGUUUGGUAGUUUUCUGCCUGUAAAACUUUAGUUUGUGUUUACGCGGUUUAUUUUAUUGCCACGACAUCUAAAUAGGCGUUUAGCUAGCGGUUUAUUUUCAGCCCGUGCUUUGGCAUACUUGUUUUUCAUCAUGAACUGUUUGCCGAUGAGAGAAAAUCCUAUGAUCAUUCCGCUUAACAAGCAGAAGACGGUCUAUGACGGGUUCAUCACGGCACUGGAAAAAGACUUUAGGAUAAGAAUAUCUCUGCCGCCUGAUCGACGGAUGAAACGGGCAAAACUUCAUUGUUGCUGGCAAAUGAAACGGCUACUUCAUGGUUAUCAACAUAUUGUGAAGCAGAGGUUACAGCAUUCAACUAAUUUGACGGCUUUUAUCCUGGAACUCAGGACAGUAUUGGAAGUGGCGUUGAAGAGCCGACCGGGAUGCCAGUCCUUCUCACCACCUCAGUAUUAUUCCCAGCUGAUAACAGAAAUGGAGAACUUAGGAUGGGAUAAGCUGCUCUUCAUUGAUGCAGAGUUCCACACACUCAAGCUGAAGGCAGAGGACUCUGCAGGUCGUCAACACGCCAUUACAGUCAAGCUCAAGUCCAAGUAUCCAGACGAGGCCCCAGAGUUUUCUGCAGAUCUUCCUGUUCCAUUGGUCAUCACGUGGACCUCUCAGAGCACCUUAGCCAAUGUCCACAGUCAGUUCCUGUUAAAUGUGGAGGCUCUCUCCGAGUUCUGGUCGGUGCUGGGCGAGAUCGAUGAGCAGACAUGGGUACUGGAACCAGAAAAACCCACAAAAGCAGACUCCAUGAGAAGAAUGGCCAUUGGAAACAAUGUCUCAAUAAAGGUACAAAUUGACCCCAGACACCCCAAAAUGCUGCCGGAGUGCUGUUUGCUCGGGGCUGAGCACGUUGUCACUCCUUUAAGGAAUAAGUUGAAUGCUAAUAUGCAUUUAUGGAACCCUGACUGCAGUGUCCUACAGAAUAUGAAGGAUGUGUUGGAGAUAGAAUUUCCAUCGCCUACCACCCACGAAAAAUCUAGUUUCAGUGUUGAAUGUGGCAUCUGUUACUCUUAUCGACUUGAGUCAGCCAUUCCAGAUCAGGUCUGCAAUGACCCACGCUGCCAGCCUUUCCAUCAGGCGUGUCUUUAUGAGUGGUUGAGAGGUCUGCCCACCAGCCGCCAAAGCUUUAAUAUCGUGUUUGGAGAAUGUCCUUACUGCAGCAAGCCCAUCACUGUGAAAAUGGUCACAGGAAACACUUAAAAACAGUUUGUUGAUUCAGAACAGUGUUCAUGUGGUGUUACGGCUCCAAUGAGGGUAAUACCAACAACCAACAACACUCAGUGUCAUCACAACAAGGAUG